UUGAUUAACCAGGUUAUUGUCCAGGUUGAUGAGGCGGGGACAGGGAAGUUCACCUUCAUCCACUUCUGCACCAUUGCCGCCAGGUUCAUGAUAGAGGAUGACGAGGAGCAGAUGAAGGAGGAGCUGAAGGAGGCGUUCAGGAUCUAUGACAGGGAUGGUGAGGGAUUCAUCACAACAGAGGUUCUGAAAGAAAUCCUCCGUGAGAUCGACAGUACACUUACAGAGGAUGACCUCGACAACAUCAUAGAGGAGGUCGACGAGGACGGAAGCGGGACCAUGGACUUCGACGAGUUUGUCGGCAUGAUGAUGGGAUAAAUCCGCCAUUUUCUUUUCUCUCUCUCUCUUCUACUCUCUCUCCAAGAUCCCAAAUCAAGAAACAGCUGACUGUGGUAUCUUUCUAUCAUCAACCACGUGGUUUAAGUUUUCGAUAUUUGUUUUAACUGUUCUCAAUUUCAAAAUAUACGUUAAUUUUAAAUGUUU